AUGUCCAAACGUUCUCGAGUUAACCGUGCUGAUAGUUUCGAUCAACCAAAUUACCCUAACAAGAAUUCGUCGUUUUCCAAGCCUUCUGCUCUGUCUAAUAAUGUUGUUGCGGCUACAGCUGCAGCAACGACCUCUUCUGCUGUUGAAGAGACUCAAUAUAUUAGUGAAUUUCUCAAGGAGUGCGUCCUUUGCAAGUCGAUCCUCAAACUGAAAAAUGACACCUACAUGUAUAAUUCAAAUCCAUACUGCACGGAGGAAUGCCGUCAAAUUCAGAUGGAUUUAGAUGAAGAACUAGAGAAGAAGCAGUUGGAGGAAUCAGGCAAAAAGAUGGAGGAACGAUUAAUUACUAGCUCAUAA